AUGGACAGAAAUCUUUUGAGAAAUGUUCCAAAGUUUUUGAAGAAAGAAGUAGAACGUUUUGAACCACCUACUGCUGCUGUUGCUAUUGAAAGAGAUGUUUUAAUGUAUAGAGCGUAUUUGGCUCAAGCUGCCAGUUAUAUUCAUCAAGGAAAUAUGAAGAUGCUGAGAGCUUACUCCAGGAUGCUUUGUCUAAGGCGUGGUUCAUCUUGUGACAACUACACAAAGAAUAACAGCCAAUGGCUGAUAAUAUCGGCCUUCUCCUCACUUCUUGAAACAGUGCCAUGUCAGACUCGACGAGAGGAGGCCCUGUCCACAAUGAGGGAAACGAUCUCCAUUAUAUUCGACGUUUUUUUCUACGGAAUAGGUCACGUAUUCAAUGGACUUGUGUGGCUAGUAUGUUGGUUCACGUACUUUAUAGGAUUUUAUCAUCUGGUUAUGAGGAUUAGCAACGUCUAUGCUGGUCUCCUGGUCCUUAUUGGUCAAAUAGCUGAUGCUCUGACUACACCUUUUGCAGGCUAUUUAUGUGACAAAACUGAGAAUUGGUAUGGUGGGCGUAAAACAUGGCAUCUUGUGGGACAAUAUGUCGCUUUGUUGCGUGUUUUUUUUCUGGCAUGAUGUUUAGAUUGCAGUGAUCAACCUGUUGGUUUAUCAAUUUUAUAUUUUUUUUUUUCUGUUUCAUUAUUGUGUUUCAAAUGGGUUGGGCUAUCGUACAAGUUUUCCCAUUUGGCACUCAUACCCGAACUGACCAGUAACGAGAGCAUUAGGGUGGAGCUAAAUUCUAUCAGAUAUGCUUUCACUAUUUUAUCAAAUUCUGGUAAUGCUGUUAUAUACAUGUCAACCAGACAUAUCAAUUUAACACAAGUAUAUAGUCCAUUAUAUGUACUAGAAUCUUUGAGAAUGUAUCGAUUGAGUGCUGCUAUGUUUCCAUUAGUGAUUUUCUUCAGUGGAUUUAUAGCAACAAUAUUUUUUUACUAUUUAAUAAAUAAAUUAUUAGGACGAUAUUCUGGACCAGAUCAUGUCCAUUCCCAUAACAAUGAGACUAGCUAUGGAGAUAAACCUCUUCCACAUACAAAAAUUACUGAGAACUUUAUAUACGGAGCAGCUGUGUUAAUUGGCGUGGGUGGAACAACACUUUUAGUGACGUCGUUGUCUAUGGUAGCAGAUUUAUUGGUGAUAAAUGGCGAAAGAUUGGCAUUUGUGUAUGGUGCUAUGAUUUUUUGUGAUAAACUACUCAAGUGGAUUGCUAUACAAAUAAUACAAUUAUUGCAUCCCUGUAAAGGAAUGGGAGAAAAGAAUGCUCUGAUUCAAGCUGAGUGA